AUGCGUGCGUCGCUCGUGCUCGUUAUCGCCUCGUUGUUCCAUCGGCGCGAGUCUCUGGCACGCGGUGAGAGUCAGAGAGUCACUUGCUCCGAUAUCGGACAUAACCCUGCCGGUUGGUUAGCCAAACAUUUCAGCUCGGACACUACGAAAGCUUUCGACCUCAAGUUCUACAUCUCGACAAAUUGGAAGAAGGAACCAGUGCAAAUUGACACCAACGACUGGUCUCAGCUGGCGUCCAGUGGCUUCGAUACGUCGUCGAAAACGUUUAUUAUUAUUCACGGGUACUUCUCUGGAGGACAACAGCCAUGGGUUUUGGAGCUAAAAAAUGUACUUCUCGACAGGACAUAUGGCAAUGUAAUUAUGGUAGACUGGAGUGGCGGAAGCAACAAGAAGAAUUAUGUCAACGCUGCUAAAAAUACAAUUGUCACUUCCAAUCAUAUAUUAAACUUUUUACAGAGACUGCAGUGUCAAAUUCAAUAUCUGAAGAGGUCACCGGGCAAGAUGCUCUUCAAUCAUUUGCACUUGAUUGGACAUAGUCUAGGCGCACAUGUGUGUGGGCAAACAGGUCAUUUACUGAAGAACGAUAAUUUUUGGAAGGUGGAUAGAAUCACAGGCUUGGAUCCGGCCAAACCAUGUUUCACUAAUGUUGAAAUAAAUUUGCGAAUCGAUAAGGAAAAUGCAGAUUUCGUUGAUAUUAUUCAUACGCAGAUUGGACGUGGAUUUACCCAUGCUCUGGGCUUGAAUGACGCUGUGGGACACAUUGAUUUUUAUAUGAAUGGUGGUUACCUGCAGCCUGAAUGUCAAGGUAAAACUUUUGGUUAUAAUGAGAUGAUAUGCAGCCACAGACUCGCAACCAAAUAUUUCAUCGAAUCGGUACGCUACGGGGAAAAUUGCACGUUCCCAGCUCAGCGAUGGGAUGGCACCUAUACGGACGCCCAAGUCCUCAUUAGUUUUUUUAAAAAAGGAUGGGACUGCAACUCAUGUCCGAAAUUAGGACUAGAUGCUGUGAAUAGCUCGAUACAAGGAGUUUUUUUGGUACUGACCGGCACGCAUCAACCUUAUUGCAGAUUUAAUGCUGACAUAGAUCUUCAAAAUAUAAUACCUGGUAUUACGAAAUUAAGAGAAUGCAGAUCCAUCUUCGAUUGUAAAAAAAAUGUAAAACUAUCAUACUUACCCAGCGUGUUUCCAUUGUAAAUAUUACAGACAUAACAACCAAUGGAGUAAAUGUGUUCCUAAAUAAAUUAAUUAUAACC